GCUUUCGUUAUGCCUGGCUCAACAAAUUUCAGAAGUUGAUCGAAGAAAAAUCGACUCAAAAUUCCUCUGUUCGAAAUGUGAGCUGUUGCUGAAUGAACCGAUGCAAACCCCAUGUGGACAUUUGUUGUGUAAAAGCUGUCUUCAAGUUAUUUUGAGGUAAUUUUGAGGUCGUUAUAUAUUUGUUGGUUAGUAAUGGUUACGGACUGCUGUCUUGCAUAUGCCUCAGAGUCAGUUCAUAUAGACAUUGCGGAAGUCGAUUGCUUACUCGGCGACUUUCACACGGUUCAGCGUUCACGUUGGUAAAUAUGUAUUGUGUUUUAUGAAACCUGACAAAGGACCUUCGCUUAACACACACGGCGGAAUGAUUUUGCAACCGUCCUAAAAUUUACACGAUGAAUUCGAGAACAGCCGCUAACCAUAUAUACAAUUCCGGUCGGAUCUCAUGUAAUAGACCCGUCAACGUUGUCAUUUCGAACGCAACGUUAAACUAAGAUGUUCAUUAUAGGCUAUAUUAUAGAUCAAAAUUGCCGGAAAAAAUGUCCAUCCAAUCAGUUGGAAUGCAUGAAAAAUUUUAUUCUACUUGACAGAGAUCCCACCUAGCGCAAAGUGAGAUCUCACCUAUAGCCAGUGAGAUCUCGUUUCUGGCUCGUUUUUUUCUCGUUUUUUUCUCUGGCUCGUUUCUCAUAUGAACACAAAUUGAAUUUUAUAUGCGUUACAAAGGCCAUGCAGAUUUCACUCAGGUGAGUUUCCCCGGGUUAUAGCUGCAUGCUCUCAUAUAUGAGCAGACCCAAAACCUUCUGAACUUGUGGACCGCGAACGAAUUUGCGUAGGUCUCACCCGAACAUAUAGUCCUCAUCGAAUAUACCGUACUACGCAAAUGUUUUGUCAUUAUUACAUUAAACAAACUAACUUUUAUCUUUCACUUUCAGUCAUGCCAAUCCAGUCUGCCCAAAAGAUGGAACCUCACUUAAUGAGAAUAGU